GUCAGGUGUCUUUACCAUUAGACCACAGUGUCCCUCGCAAUGAGGGACGUUGGUGAGAGAACAUUUAUUUACCCUUAUAUGUCUAGUCCCUAAGGUGUCGUACCUCAGUAAAUGCAUAACCAGGCAGCGACCACUAUGUUGGAGAUACCCCGAGUAAUUCUUAACGUAUUUAUUUUUCUUGUUCCUUUUUUGUGCUAAACGCCUUUUAAUCCACUUUGACCUACGACUCGGGAUCUUAAAAAACUCAUCCACUGAUUACAUUCGCCAUUAACCUGGAAUAUUUUUCCCUCCCUGAAAAUCUUGUCAGUACACGAUUUUCUUCACAACCACCUUAAUCAGUACUAUGACCUUAGUGUCAUCUACCUUCAUCUCUUCUCCUGUUAAUAAUGGAUCCAUCUAUGAAUUGUCUCAUGGGCUUUUUGCCCCGCGCAGGAAUGCGAUACCCCGAAGGAAACCUCCUUGUCCGAUUGCAAAGAGAUCGUCAGAUUUUGUCUGCACUGAAACGUCAUGAAAUCAUCAAGACAAUCCACAGUGUGUCAAAAAAGCAGAACCGAGAUGCCGUCGACCAAGCUCUAGCCGACAUGUUCACUACCGCUCUUCAGACGCAUAUUAUUCAGUGUCAAGAGGGAUGGGGUGGUGCGAUUGCUGUAAUCAUGACCCUUAAGCGACAUACCCCCUGGGCAGCGCCGAUCCAUACCAUGCCCUUUAUUCACCUCUGUUGCGCUCUCGCCAAGUCCCGCCACGAGUGGCACAAGAACCCUCGCCCCCCUUUCGAUAUCAGCGAGCACCGCGCUACGGCAAAGAGCAUCGACACGUUCCUGGAGGUUGUGGGAGAUGAUUGGUGGGACGUCGACCAUCUGUUCUUUGCAUUGCCUGAGGGCGCUAAGGACGACUCGGAUGAUGAAGAUUACGAGAAGGGAAAAGAGGGCAAGGAGGAUGAGAACGAAGAGGCCAUUGCAAGCCCUAUCGCGACCUCCUCUUCCAAUAUCGACCCGUCAGAUAAUACCUACAUGGACAUGUCCGAUCAUUCUGAUAUGGACAUGUCCGACGACUCUGAUAUGAACAUGUCCGAUGUUGGAGAGGCGCUUGAGGAGGACUUGGCUAAGGAAGAUCUGAUGAAAGGAGGCCAGGCGAUGGACUUAGACUGAUAGGGAAUUUUCCUUGAAAAAAAGGAAAUUGGGAAGUGAAGACUUUGAGGAGAACCGAAUGAACUGAGGUUCGAUCGCAAGUAGGGUGACCUUGCUUUUCUAUUAUGAUCUCUCAGGAAACACCUGCACCCCGUCAAACCUCAAUCGUGGUGAGAAUCCUAAAGAUUCGUCAAAUAGGUGCCAUAAUGAUUGAAAUAACAACAAAUCCCAUACAUUUCAUGAGUUUUUCCUCUAUUAGUUCUGGAGGAGUACGUUCUUAGGCGCUGACAGGUAUUUACAUG